GACUCCGCCCCCUCGCAGCUGUUUUCGAUUCGAUUCCCGUUGACAAGAAGAGCAGCAGUCUGCAAUUAUUUUCCUUCGAAAAACCUUGAAAUAUUACUAUUUGCUCGCGUAUUCGCAGCAUAUAUUUAUUGAUUACUAAAACCACAGUAUAUUAGGGUAGAAAAUGCCAAUUCCUAGAGGGAGCGCGGACGGAAAGGAGGUUGUUGAUCUGAAUGCCGCAGCCAAAGAUGCCAAAAACUUCAUCGACAAAAUCCUCGGCGAUGUGAGCAAAAAGUCUGCAACCAAGCAAUUAGUAUGGGGAGGCGCCACAGGCCUCUGCACCGGAUUUAUCUCGAUGCGAGUGGGCAAAGCGGCCGCCACGGCGCUCGGCGGCGGAAUUCUGCUGCUGACCAUCGCCAACCAGAAGGGUUACAUCUCGGUCGACUGGGACAAGCUGACCAGGUCCGUGGACAAGGCGGUGGACAAGGUGGAGAAGGCGGCCGGAGGCUCUGGACCGAGCACCAUGGACAAGUUGGAGAGAUUUGCAAACCGAAAAAUGGACAAAUUGGAGGGUGUGCUCAAAAAGAAGGAAGAGAAAGCGCGCCGGUGGUUCACCAACGAUCGGGACGAGUUGCAAAUUUCCGAACUGCACAUUUUUGCCGCCGCUUUCGCCACUGGGCUCGCCUUGGGCACUCUCCUCGGUUAGACAGCAAUUAAAAUCCACCUAUUUAGCUAUUAGUUUCUAGCCUAGCCACUUUAUCGGUCGCGCAAUGAUUAAAAUUAUUCGAAUUUCCUAGUCUUGAGCACAGAUCAAGCGUGUCAACUGGUAUUUUUUUCUGUCUCCCACCAAUUAGCAUCGUGCAUUUAUAUUUUCUAAAUUUUCUCGACAAGAAAAAGAAAUUUUUGAUAGAGACUCUGUGACAGUAGUCUUUAACUAAAUAAUCGAAGAACUGCCAAAUGUUUUUUGUACACCGCUGGUUGAAAACUAAUCGAUCUGCUUGUCAUUUAAUUAGUUUGUACUUAAACAUCGAUCUGAUUCAUUAUAGUCGUAAUAAAUUUGAACCCAUUGUACUCGUCA